GCCUACAAUGUUUUGAUGGUCGCCAUCUUCGGCACCAUUCUUACACUUUCACACAUAACAGAAUGACUGUGGAACAGUCGCCGAUUCCACUUAGAGCCGGGCAGAGAACUCGUGAGGAAUCCUCUUUAGCAAAGAUCAAGGAAGUGACAGGAGCCCCGGAUAACAUUAUUGAAGAGGCCAUAAAGGCAUGCCUGCGUACUGAUGGCACAUACAAGCUGGAGGAUGUUGUAACAACAAUCAUUGGGGAUGAUAUUUCCCUGGCCAAGGGAAAACCGCCAAAAAACAGAACUCGUCAGACCAAUGUCAAGUCUGAAGACCAGGUGGAUGCUUUACCUGGGCAUUCAUCUUCACCUGAUGCACAGAAACAAGUAGCCAUGUCUACUGUUAGUGCUAAGCAAGCCACAGAUGAGUACAUUGAUCUGACAAGAGAUCCACAAGGCAUUUUGGGUGGUCAAAUAAGUCGAGAGGAGCAAGAUAUCAGCAGAGUUUUGGAAGCCAGUAUUGCGGAAAGUAAAGGAACAACAAAAAGGAAACGAGGAGAGCUCUGGUUUAUUGAUCCAUUAAACCCCUAUGAGCGCAAACGUGUAGAUGGGUGGCCAGUGGGGCUGAAGAAUGUGGGCAAUACUUGUUGGUUUAGUGCUGUGAUCCAGUCUUUAUUUCACAUUAGAAAAUUUCGAGAGAUUGUGCUCCAUUACCAACAGCGGCCAGUAACAGAAGGAGAGGUCGCCAGAAAUCUUCGGUUUGUCACUGAGCUGCGUCACUUGUUUGCCUUUAUGGUUGGAUCACAUCGCAAGUAUGUGGACCCAAGUAAAGCUGUAGAUAUUUUAAAAGAAGCAUCUGCCACGACAGUCUUGGAUGGGCAGCAGGAUGUGAGUGAGUUUCAACACAAGCUCCUGGAUUGGUUGGAGGAUGCUUUCAGUUCACCUGCUUCACAGAGCGUAGAGAAUCCCGUCCACCAGCUCUUUCAGGGGAAGUACAAAGCUGAAGGUUUCCAUGAGGGUAAAAUGUUUACACAGGAAGUGACCUUUGGCCAGUACCCUUUGAAUGUUGUUGGCUUCCAUGACCUGCAUGAAAGUCUAGAGGCCACCACAGCCCAGGGUGAAAUAGAGACCAUUAGUGGAGAUUCCAGCCAGAAGUCUGGACAAGAGAUUUGGUUCACACAUUUGCCGGUCGUGCUGACCUUUGAGUUGUCUCGCUUUGGCUUCAACCAGCAGCUAAACCGAGCAGAGAAGAUCCACCAAGAGCUCUCAUUUCCUCCUGUUAUUUAUGUUGAUAGGUAUUUGGAGUGUAAUAAAACAGUUACAAGACAGAAACGAGAAGAGGCGAGAAAAUUAAAAGAUGAACUUAGUAGCCUGCAGGCCAGGCUAGACAAGUUUGUGAACUACGGGUCAAGUAACAAACGAUAUCCCCUUCCUGAUGUUUUGAAAUAUGCACUAGAGUUUGCUGAGAGCUCCCCUACCCAAGAACCACUGCUUAGACCUUCAACCCCUCAACACCCUAAUGAUAUUGAAAUGGAAUCUCCCAUUUUGUGUUCCAGGGCAUCUCAGAGUGUGACGAUGUCCAUUGACUUGACGCUGACCCCAACCACCCAGCCACUGUCAGAACUGGGUGGCGCCACUGUCCCAUGCGGCUCUGACCGUGGCAUCCAGUCCAAGACCACAUCCUCCACUCUCUCCUCCUCUCCUGUCCCUGAGGCCAAAAAGUUCAAAGACUCCUCGGUGCAGGUAGAGUUUGAUGCCACGCUGAUGCCCUCGAGUGUGGUGAUGCCAGGCACCAAUGUGUCUUUCACGGCCAGCCUCCCUGUUGUCCAGCCGGCCAGCUCGCUUUUUGAUCCACACCCGCGGAGUGUGACCACAGAGGAGCUGAAGGUUCUACAGGACUGUCUGAAGAGGUGGAGGGAGGAGGUGGAGACUGAUGUCAGAGAACUUCAGAGAAAUAUCUCAGUUCUUGAAGGAAAACUGGAUGGGAUGUACUCCGAUGAGUAUAUGAUGAAGUAUCCUUACCAUCUUCAUGCUGUGCUAGUCCACGAGGGGCAGGCUGUGUCUGGGCACUACUGGUCUUUCAUCUACGACGACGGUCGGGGCCGCUGGCUCAAGUUUAACGACAUCACCGUGUCCGAGUCGUCGCUGGAGGAAAUGCACAAGGAGAGUGUGGGGGGUUUCCACAAUGCCAGCGCCUACUGUCUGAUGUAUGUGGACAAAUCCCGACUGGACACUGGUCAAGGUGAUUCCAUCAACUUGAUCCAAACGUUGCCGUCCCUGCCCACGGACCUGCGCCAGUUUGUGGAGGAGGACAACACUCUGUUCAGACAGGAGCUCCACCUGUGGGACGAGGAGCAGAAGAGGAAGUCUAGUGCGGCCGCUGCUGCGUCUGUCGUCUUGAGAAACGUGGAUCAUGACACUCAGACCAGGUCAGGGGCUGACGACCCUGAUGUCGUUGUCACUGGUGAACAGAGGCCAGGUCAGUCAGGAGAGACAAUACGACCGGUCAACUCUGCGGUUGUUCGACUGGCAGACCAGCAUGCCCAGCUGUCAUUGGGCAGCACUUUAACUGCAGUCACCAACAUCACCUGCAAUAACCCACAAGAAGUGCUUCCUAAGGCGUUUGAUAAUGAAUUAAAGAGACUGAAGGAAGCGUCUCGGCUGGCUAGCAACCUUUUGCCAAUGGAAGACCAAAGGCUGAGCCACAUUGUGUUGUUUCUGUUGUGUUGCCAGGCAGACAUACACACAGUUGAGAUCAUUCUCAGUGAGCAGUUUGCCCUGUGUGGGAUGCUACAGGCCAGCAAUUUUAAAGGUGUCAGGCAACAGGCACACGAGGUCUACAAAAAGUUGUGUAACUCUGUCGGGCAUGAAGGCAUCAAACACUAUGAGUUUUGGCACAGACGCUACCACCACUACAGGCAAGCUGUGUUUAUGUUCAACAAGGCCAUUGAGGCCUACUGCACAGAAAGGUACCAGGAAGCGUUGCCUUACUUUAACCAGGCUUGCCUUCACAACUGUGAGCCUGGUCUGACUAAAGACUUAGGCUCUUGUGGGCUUGACCCUAAGAUGUUGUCCUACUUUAGGAGGAUUAGUUUACAGAGGGUGAACAAUGAAACACUGAAGAGCUUUGAGUGUGACGAGGACAUGACAGAUGCCCUGACCAUCAUGACAAACCAGAUCCUGCCCACACUGAUACACUUGGCUGCCUCCGACAUGAAGGACGACAUCACCUGUGUUGAGGACAUCAGAGAAAAAUGGUGCAGGUUCUUGGAGAAAGACUUGACAGGUGAUAAAAUUGAAAGACUUCAAGACCUUCUGUCCAAGAUGUUUGAAGCCAACGGCACCAUGGCGCAGGACUUGACCAUGGUCAGGGACUCAGGUCUGCGAGAGAACUUGCAGGACGGGUACAGCCGAGCCAUGAGGAAGUUGAAAGAGAGGGGGGACCUCAACUCUUGGCUGGACACAAGCUAGCUUGACCUGGCCUGGUGUUACUUGUAUUUAUUGCUGAUCUUAGUCAUAGUUGAUGUAGACAGUUGUUUUAUGUAUCUGACAUAUGGCUGUACAAAAUAGUUUUUAAAUCUUAGUUUAGUCACAGCUCAAUGAAAAACUUAUUUAUUUUGGUAGCAGUUUUUCUUAAGGUAGCUGUAGUUUUUAUAUGGUAGGUAACCGUACAGUAGGUUUGUUAUGUAGUACCCUCCGGGUGUCAUAGUUGACUUCAAAGUUGGGCUUUAUUUAACUGCAUUGUAUUCAAACAUAUUUAGUUGUGACUUCCACAUAAGCUUAACUGAAUCUGGUCUGGUAUGUUAUUGAGAAAAAAACUUAACAGUAAUUCAUUGUGGCCUGUAAAUAACUUAAAACUCAACAUGACCUGUAUCUGAGCUAAAGCAGGCCAUAUCAAGUUGGGGAUAGGCCCAGAAAAGUUUUCCAGUUCUAGUUUUUUGUUGUUUUCCUUCAGCAGUUGAGUCCAACAUUUACUUACUGGCUGAGAGAAAGCUAUAUCUGAUCUUGUAUAAAACCAAAGGCAAAUGUGAUAUAAAUGUCUGUUUUAUCUUGGUCAGUUUGACCCUUCAUUUUUUUUUCAUGUCCACCAUAAUCUUAUCUUUCUCUGUUCAUUCAAAGCAUAUCAUGGUUCAAAUAUCUUCUACCACCCUUAGAAGUGUUGUGAAAAAACAGCAUCUCCAGUUAUUUAUUUGUAUUGAAGUCUUAAUUCCCUUAUACUGUAUAUAAAAAUGUCUUUGUCAGUCCAGUUAGUCUUAUAGUUACAGAAAUAAUUUUCCACAGCUUAACAUAAUGGCUGCAAUAUUUCCUAUUUCUGCAAGUGUAAUGUUAACAAAAAAUGAAUGUGUUGCUAAAUCUUGUUGUUAUCUGACGAUUGUCAUUUGAAAAAGAAUUAGUUGUAUUUCCAUGUUUAAGUUCACAUAGCAAAGAGCAAAUUGUAAAAAAAUGUUCAUCGACCUUUCUUAAUGAGCUUGGUAUGUGCAGAACUACACCACAUAAGAAGUAGAACUCAGAUUACAGUGUAAAGCUGAUUUUACCAGUAUCUUGCCUUCAAUUUUUUAUUAUCUUCUUAUCAAAAUUUAGUUUCUCAGUUAAUAUAUUUUUAGAUGUUUAAUUCAGCAAAUUAUUUAAUAUUAAUAAAAAAAAUGUUACUUGAUUUAAUAUAAUCAAAAAUGUUUCUAAUCGAAGCACUGUUUGUUAUAUCUUCUAUCCUGUUUAAACCCCACAGCCUUGUACUAAAACACUGAAGUUUGUAAAUACACUGCAUACUGUAUAUUCUAAUACUUGUACAUACCUGUAAUCCAUAAUAAAAAAAUUCACACAUUUUGGAAGAGAUGUUAAUUUUAAUAUGGAGCUUUAAAUUUUGAAUGGAAGUUAAUUUUAUAAAAAAUUGUGGAAUCAUUAAAUAUAACAGACCAGUAAAAUAUGACCCUUGUAAUCCAAACACCUCAAUAAAUGGACACAAUAAUAAUCCUAAAAAUAAAACAUAAAACAAUAGCAAUACAUCUGAUGAUCAACACCCCCCCCUCCCCCCUUAAUUCCAAGAACACUCCAGUAUUAUUGUGCUAUACCCAUGUAACCUGAGCAAAAAAAAAAACCUAGCCUUUUCUUAUUGGCUGUUUCAUUACCCUUUGUUAUUUAAACUCUGUAAACCAAUGAAUCUAAACCCAUGUAAAUAGUGUGUUCAUGUGUGGUUUGAUUUGGCUGUAUUUGUGUACUAGAACCAUAUCUCUUUCAACUGUGGCAUGGUUGUGAGGUGUUCACAGUUUCAUAUCAGGUUUAUUAUGAUUUCAUUUUUAAAAUUCUGUCUACUAAAACAAAAUUUAUUAAAAGAAAAACAGUCACUCAGUUUUCAGAAAAGUUAAAAAAAAUCUAUCAGUAAAUUUUACAUCUAUUUUUGUUAACUGUUUUACUAAAUUAUAUAUAUUUUUUUCUUAUAUUUAUCUUUCCUGUGAAUUUUGGUAGAAAAUAAUUGUUUUUGUAACUAUAAAAAUGACACUUCAGUUCAUAUUACACUUGAAGCUGUUCCCUACAAAAAAGUUACCUAUUUUUAAUGUUAGGACUUGGGUUCAACAGACUAGUCUACUAAUAUUUAGUUGAGCGUAGAUCAAAACAGACUGUCAAUUGACAUGAUUAUUUAAUUACAGGUCAAAAUGAAUCAAGGUUAUUAAUUAUGCAUCUCAUUUUUAAUUGUUAUACAUUAAAUUAAUUUGUAGUCUGUUGCGCAUAAGACGUUUUUAUCAAAACCUGUAAACGACAGGCUUACUUCAGUGUGAUACACCAUUAUAUAUAUCUGUAGUGAGAUUAAUCAUUCUAUUGAUCUUGUAUUUUUUCUUCUUUUGAUCAUUUCAGCUCAUUACAUUAUUUAUUAGCUAUUCAAUAAUUAGUUUUAAUGGGAAACAACCCAUGAACAACAAAGGGAUGUAAUUCUAGUUUUCCGCUUAAGUAGGUACAAGGGCCUUUAAUGUUAAUUGCAUUGGAAUUUGUGCUGAAAUUUUAAAAAAAUAUAUUCCUUUGAGUGUUAAAUUUAGAAUGUUGUAAGCUGUUUUGAGGGGUUGUUCAUAAAUGACAUCACAAUUUUUAAAAAAUAAUUGUUUACACCUUUAUUGUCACAAAAAGCCAACACCUACCUAACGUGAAGUCAGAGUUCUACAAAAAUUAACGUUCUCAUUAAUUAGUUUU